UCUCUCAACCAAUCGCCGCUUUGUUGCGACCAAGAAAAUAUGGAAGCCUGAAUUUCGCUACGAGAACAAGUUUCUUGAGAAGAGUGGUGUUUUAUUGCUAUUUUCGGGUGCUUAGAGACUAGUCCUACUAUAUUCAACCCCUUUCCUCGAAAGGGUAAGGUUUGCAGUGCUCAAAUGACCGAAUCAGGGGUGGAUUUAGGCUUCGAUCUCCUACAAGACGGAUUUGACGAAGGUUUCGGCGAGGGACUAACUGAGCUAAAGUGGAGAGUUGUGGAGCCUUCAAGUACCAUGGAGAGUAGUAGCCUAAAAUCGCCUGCCGUGGGCUCCCCCAUGACACGGACCACCUUCAAGCAACAACUUCAAAGGCAGCAACUGGAGCAGAUGGACCAACAGGAAAAGAAGUUUGUUCAAAGUGGAUUUGAGAGCUCUCAAGGAAUCAGUAUACCACAAAACCCCUCUCCACCUACAUUAGCAUCUUCUGAAGUCCCCACGAGUGUGUUACAAGUUAAGACUAAAUUGGAAAAUCCGACCAGAUACUAUGUCGCUCAACAGCAAAAAAGACAGGUCAAAGAAUACCUUAAGAACUCCUCAACUUCAACAAUGUCAUUACCAAACCACUUCACCAUUGAACCUACUGCAACCAACACUGGACCGAGUAGUCAACCAACAUUAAAUGCCAUCAACCAACAGGCCGUAGCUACUUUGACGAAAAGGCUUAAACCUAGUGUAACAAGCUCUGAGGCCGCAGCAAAUGCAGAGGUUGAUAACCUCUUGGACGACAUUAUAAGCUUGGAGUCAAAUCAGAUGGAUGACCAGGCCAUCACAUGGAAUGAUCCAUCCAUGCUGAAUACCGUGGGCCCAGUAGCAAGCAGCAUGUACGAUCUUUAUGGCGGCUUGAACUUCACACCUAUGGUUCAAAACGCUGCACCUUCUUCGUGUCCUGCUGUCUUAAACGAGCCUGGUAUAUCAAUGGACCCAAAUAUGUUAGCGCGAGACAGACAGAAAAAAGACAAUCAUAAUAUGAUUGAGAGAAGAAGACGAUUUAACAUCAAUGACCGCAUCAAAGAAUUGGGGACGAUGCUACCGAAACAAGACCCCAGUGAUUCCAGGCAGAAUAAGGGAACGAUUCUCAAAGCGUCGGUGGAUUACAUUCGCAAUCUCAAGAAGGAUGUUGACAAAAUGAAACUCAUCGAGGAAGAAAAACGCCAGCUUGAGAUGUUAAAUAGAAAACUCUUGCUACGAGUUCAGGAACUCGAGAUGCACGCCAGGGCGCAUGGUAUCCCCACGACACCGCUGACCUCAGACACAAGCACCGCUCUGCUAUCAACGCUGCUCACGGUGAAGCCUGAGCCCAAGUCUCCCGUGUCGACAUGCAGUGUGCGGGUCAAACAAGAGCCCGUGGAGGUGGAGGACGGGUCGGUUUCGCACGAACCUAUGGACGGCUGUUCUCUCGCUUCCUCCAGAAACCCUAGCCCGGGCAGUAUAGACAUGGACGAUGAUGAUGACUUAUAACCACUGAUAGUACAAUCUGGCACUGAUCGUACACUCUGGCAUUACCAGGAGAGGCACUGUGUCGGCACCGGAUCAUCGCUCAACACGUCUUACACUCCAUAGUCACGUGACCUCACGUCGAGUCUCUUGAUCGGUGCAGACUUCAGGAUUCAUUAUCCCUUACUGACUACGUACCGGGAACUCCAUGCGGAAAAGAGAGCGCGUUCUCGCUUUCCAAGGCCUCAAAGGACCUAUUCAAAACAAUAUAAUUGAGAUACACCUCGGCUCGCCCUAGAACUAGAAAAGACGAGUCAAGUCGAUAUUUUAAAGAGCAUAGCGGUCAACAAACAACACAGAAUUUUAGCAAAGUCCAACCUCGAAAGUCAAACAUGACUUACCGGAGGGAACUUGAAGCACACAAAGAAAAAAGAAAAUAAAAAAAAAGAAUAGUAUGACAUUAAUAAUGAAAAUGUGAUAGCUAAUAAGCUAAUUAGAAAUAUAGAGAUAAGAAAAGCAGUGAUGUUACUGAGGCCAGUACGGGGCAGUCCAAUGCACAAAAAGUCAAGGUUACUUAAAUUGAGAAAUCAAUUAUUUGUUCUGCGUGCCUGGCGACGAGGAUUGUAAUUUUAAUCGGUUGCUUUUAAUGUCCGUUUUUAAUCCAUUGUGCAAUUGCGCGUUCCCGAUAUGUUCGUGUCAAGUACGCAUGCUCGGUGACCCGGCGUGCUUUGCAGUCGCUCCGAUGUCGAUUUCUCAGUCUAAAAAGCGAUGGGUCGUUGAGCAUGGGAAACUGCAGUUCAUUAUUGCUCAGCAAAAGCUCGCUGGAGUUAGCUAGCAGUACGCUGCGUUGGUAUCCAACGAAGCGAUGUUUAACCUGUCUACAAGCAUUGUAUCGAGAAUGACUUUGGGCAGGUUAUAAAUUAGACGAAUCGUAGAAAGAUUUUAGUUCUUCGUUCAGCGUAAGCGCAAUCAUUCAUUUACCAACAGUUGCUUUUUGCGAAUUAUGUAAAUAGAAACGUAUGGGAAGGGCUAGAGUUGAAUGAUGUUUUAUUCGGACGAAAGAAAAGCAAAAUAUUGGAGGAUAUUAAGAUUGACAAGCCUCGUAAUAUACAGUACAUAUCAUUAGAUGAAAAUUCGAGUGACCAAAUCAGAAUGAGAAUUUAUAUCGGUUACAUAUUCAUUUGAAUGUGUGAGAAAAUGUAGAAUGUAUGGUAGAAUUUAUAAUAAAUGUAAAGAUAGACCUA